AUGAGGACUAUCACCUUCACUACGCUACUUUUUGCGAUAUUGACUUCUGCUGGCCCGACAACGCCUCGACUUGGACAACGAUUUCUUCGCAGACAAAUCGACAGCAACCCUUUCGAUGGCAAAAAGCUCUUCGUCAAUCCAACCUAUGCAGCGAAACUAGAGCAGACUUACGAGGCUUUUACCGCAGCAGGCGACAGUGCCAAUUCGAAGAAAGUUCGAACUAUUCAAGAUAUCGGUACUUUUGUCUGGAUCUCCGACGUUGCCAGUCUCCCCGACAUUGAUACUGCCAUAGAGGGUGCGCGCACUGCUCAGGCAGAGACAGGAGAGACACAGAUCGUUGGACUUGUUCUCUAUAACCUGCCCGACAGAGACUGCAGCGCCGGAGAGAGCGCAGGGGAGCUUGUACUUUCGGAGAAUGGCCUGGAGCGGUACAAAACCGAAUACAUCCAGCCUUACGCGGAGAAAGUCUCAGCAGCGACGGACAUUACCUUCGCUAUCGUCUUAGAGCCGGACUCGCUGGGGAACCUCGUGACAAACAUGAAUGUCGAGAAGUGUGCGAACGCGGCUGAUGCUUACAAAGAGGGUGUCGCCUAUGCGAUUUCUAAUUUGCAGUUUGAGAACGUGAACCUCUACAUAGAUGCUGCGCAUGGAGGCUGGCUUGGCUGGGAUCAAAAUCUGCAGCCAACUGCUCAAGUCUUUGGCGAGGUCGUUCGACAAGCUGGGAAUAGCUCGCGCAUCCGAGGCUAUGCAACCAAUGUCUCCAACUACAACCCGUUCAAGGCUGACGUUCCGGAGCCUUACACCGAGUAUAGCGACUCUUACGACGAAUCUAGCUAUGCUACAACUCUAGCUCCAUACCUGGAGGCUGAAGGACUUCCAACUAAAUUCAUCAUCGACCAGGGCCGCGUGGCCCUGCCUGGUGCGAGAGCUGAGUGGGGCGAAUGGUGCAAUGUGGACCCGGCUGGAUUCGGCAUGAAGCCCGGCACUAUUGUCGAUAAUCCUCUUGUCGACAGCAUUGUCUGGAUCAAGCCUGGUGGUGAAAGUGACGGUCAAUGUGGCAUGACGGGUGCUCCGAGAGCUGGUGAUUGGUUUGAGAAGUAUGCGCAAAUGUUGGUUGGGAACGCGGACGCAAGCAUUACAGCUUAA